GAAGAUAUACCACAGUUACUCAUUCAAAGGAAUAAAUACAUAUAAUAAGCAACAUCUCGUAUUCUUAUACUUCCAUCUGCCCCCGCAAAAAGUCUGCAUGCAGCUUAUUAUUACAAUCGAUCUCCACAUUCAACCAACCUUGUCCUCCCUUCCCUUCCCCUUCCAUCUUUUCUACCUGAGCAAAGGACUCUGUUGCAACACACAACCAACUCAACUCCUUCCACUCGGAAAUCCUUCAGAUUCCCUUCCUAGAUACCAGCCGUCUCUCACAUUCGUUCAUCCACAAUCUUUCAUUGACAUUAUUUUAUAUGUAAAUCGCUCUAUUACUUAAGUAUAUUGACAACACAAACCGAAACAGUCCCAAACCUUGGCAUCUUUUCCCAAUAUUAGCCACUACCGAAAUUACUUGGAUGGAGAGAAGAAAAUAAGUCGUAACACGAGUAUCCCUGGACUAUGGUCAUACCAUCACGAUCGAUCAAUUGUUACAGCGUCGAACCCAUCAUCCAUUCUGCCAUCCAUUCAUCCAUACAUCAAGCAGCGAAACUGGAAGGCGACAAUCCAACCUGAUAUUAAACCCCCUCGAAAACAUCUCCUAUCCGCAUUCCACGGGAGAUAUCCGCACGCCAUAUAUACCAGAUAAUUAUAGAGACCUGCGAGCGACCAGAAAUUGGUGGAAGAGAGGGAAGGCCAUCGCAGAUUAUUGUCGCAAUCGCGAAGACUAUCGUCUGCCAACAUCCUACACAAUGUAUCGAUCCAUCCUCUUAUUUGCAACGGCAAUUCUACCCGCUAUUGUCGGGGCCCAACAGUUACAAGAUGGUGUAAUCGUUCCAUUCUCAUCCGACCUGCCAUCGUGUGCCUCGCAAUGUGGACCUCUUUCCGAUGUUCAAGGGGCUUGCAGUCCUCCUGCUAGGGCCGAUGUCUCUAGUUCUUGUUUUUGCUCAGAUUCUAGAUUAACACCUUUUCUCGCCGGAACUACUGGAGUAUCUCAGGUGUGUGGUGCCGCAAGUUGUACGUCGGAUACGGAUUUACAAAGUAUCGAGACUUGGUACCAACAAUAUUGUAAUACGCAAUCGGCAUCGACUACUACAUCGAGUAGUGGAAGUGCUGCUACUUCCUCGAGUUCAUCGGGGUCAAGUUCGGGCAGCGCAAAUCAAUCUUGGCUCUCUAGCCAUGCGAAAUGGGUUGCAAUGCUUAUUGUACUGGUUGUUGGAAUAACAGGGGUCUGGCUUAUCGCAUUUUAUUUUCGAAGACGAUAUCUCAGGAAGAGGGAAAAGGAAAUUGAAAUGAGACCGCCGGUUGCUUUGGGACCACAUCAACUCCAAAAUGCAACAGAUGGAUACAGAUAUGGAGAGGGCGCGAUUAAUGCUGCUGAAGGAGGACAUCAUAAGGAAGCUGCUAGGUCAACCGUGACAUCCAACCCCGCAGAGGCAACGAGAGGUAAACGGGAAAGCAAGAGUCUUCAGAAGAAGCAGAGAAGUUAAAGUAUUGGAUCUUCAAAAUAUGAUGGAUUUCAUGACUAGGGCGUUUAACUCGGUGAUAGGGUACGGUGUUUGGGGAAAAGUUAAAAGACAUAUGGUCUUUGUUGAAUAUAUUUAAUGGAUGGAGCUUUGUUGAUACCACGGGUGAAUGGUGAUAGCGUCACAUAAUGGAAUGUCUUAUUCAGUCUGAACAAGUACAUUAUUGAGGAAGUAUCAGAUAGGUGAUACUGUUAAUAUUAUGAGGUUUCCAUACUCAUCUGUUGUCUAGUGCAAGGGAAUUGGCGGUCGUUGAUUACAUUUGGUUUCAGGAUGAAAAUUGGACGACGGUUCUCAUCUAAUUUGCUCAUACACAGAGUAUCCAAUACUCUAGACUGUCAAACUAGUACAUGUAAACUUGAGGAAUCUGGUGGGCUGCUAUUGUUGAGCUCUAUUCCACAUUACUAGAAAGCCCAUGAGUGAAUCUUUCGUUUGUGCAUGUUCCCACUCUUCAAAGCUUGAAAGGCAAAGAUCCCUUUCCACGGAUCUUCUCAGAAAACAACCACGACACGAUGUCCAUCCAAGCAAUCAUUCCCAUAGA